CAGAAGCUAAUUAACAUCACAGGGCUGCGAAGAGAGCUGUGAUCCCACCGUUCUCUAUCUGACACUGAUCAAGUUACGGUUUACUGCGCGAGGCAAACCCGCAUCCUCACCGCAUCCCAACAGCAGGAUACCUACAAACUGGGUCGAAUAGAGAAGACUCAAAGUAUUUUCCGUUGAGAGCGAAAGGGUUCCAUGAAUCGAACGUCUGUGAAGACACCCGGUGCUCAUAUUGGGUCAUCUAAUCCGUUUGGAAGACACGGUGACCGGCGACAUCAAAGCAUUCCAGUCGGGAAUGGCACCCUGGGCAGCUCUAAGACUACUAACAGCAGCGCGGCAAGCUAGCUCGAGGCACUGUGAAACAGAGCAUACGUGAUGACGGAUAUCCCCUGUUCAGAGUUUGAGAUCGAUGUGGAAGGUCUGGAGACCGAGAGCGACGACCCGGACCAGCCGGAUUACAGCUCAUCUUUGCUCGGCGCAGGGGACGAGGACCAUGGGGCCAAGGGAGAAGACAAGGCGGGAACCAGCAGUCCCGGGUCCGGCGAACAGAGGAAGCUGAGCCGGACGCCCAAAUGUGCCCGCUGCAGGAACCACGGCGUGGUGUCUUGUCUGAAGGGUCACAAACGCUUCUGCCGGUGGCGGGAUUGCCAGUGUGCCAACUGUCUUUUGGUGGUUGAGAGGCAGAGGGUGAUGGCGGCUCAGGUGGCACUAAGGAGACAACAAGCUACUGAGGAUAAAAAGGGAAUUCCUGGGAAGCAGAUUCCAGCGGAGAGAAGGGCCAUCUAUCAGAGACAAAUCCGACCUUCAGCCAUGCUGGCUAAGAGCAUCUUGGAAGGGUUUCGCCCGGUGCAGGGGGAUCCGUUCCAGGGGGUUACCCCGUCACUUCCACCCCCGCUGAGCGACAGGAUGAGGAAAAGAAGAGCGUUUGCUGACAAGGAGCUGGAAAGCAUCAUGCUGGAGCGGGAGUACAAGGAGAGGGAGCUGUUAGAGUCGUCCCAGACAGCCUCUGCCUCUCUCGUCUUCCCCAACAGCCUGGUUCACCAUGCUGCAGAGUACAAUUCCUUCAAGACAGCCUACUCAGCCUCAGCAGAGCAGCCGGGACAACAGAAGGACUUGUGUCACUUCCUGUCGCCCAGCUGUGUGGACCUUUCCCUGCAGUAUGCUCCUGGGCCAGCCAACAUGGAGCUCAUAGCCUCCAAUGUCUCCGUGGCCACUACGUACCGACAGUACCCUCUGACCUCGCCGCGGGGAUUCAUGGUGUGGCCACGUGGUCCUCCCCACCUGGGUGAUGCCCUUCUAUACCAGCAGUGCCUCCUCAACGCCACAGCCGUCCAGAACAUGAAGCCAGGUGCAGUCUGGGAGCCCCGCAUGAUGGUCUCAGCCACGGAGAGCCUCUCGCCUGACCAAGACACCAUCGCAAACACUGCUGGUUCAGCAGCCAAGCUGGAGAGGUCGAGGGUCACAGCCGGGCUCUCUGAUUGUCCUGACCUACAGAAGCAGGACCACCCCGUCCAGGCCCAUUCUCCCCUCACCCAGGGCGGUCACGGCCAAUACUCAGCCUUCUCCCCCCCAAAGAGAUGCUUUGGACAGGCCUUUCCUAACAGCCCUCACCCCACCAGACACGAACACGUUCUGAACAAGCUCAGCAAGGACAGUGCCAAACAUACCAUCUCCAUGAAGCUUAACUCCUUCCACUCCCUCAUCCAGCAGACCUUGGGGGAGACGGCCGGGGUGGGGGCAGGAGGCAAGUCUGCUGGGCUCGAGAUAGGAGCUGGGACUGGAGCUGAGGUCCGGAGUCCGUACUGUAAAGAACUGUUGGAGGAAUCUGCCAGAAAGUACCGUGAAGGCACAGCUAAGGACUUCUACAGCUUCAAAGGUUCUGACAGAAAAACCAAGGAGGUUUUAUCUAAGUCACCUGGAACUAAGGUUAUCUCCAGUGAAUCUCUGUCCUUCUCUGUGGAGGCCAUUUUAAAGAGGCCUUCUCCUGCUAUGAACCGAGCUUCACAGUAAUGUCAUGGACAGAAUUUCCCAGUACUAGUUUCCCGGUACGAAAACUAUGUCCACCAGGAAUGAACUGGGACCAAAAAUGGUUCCUGUAUACCUAUAGUCUGGCUCUUUUGUCUCCUUGGUGCUGCCAUUAUUGCUCAAACUCCCCAAUUUAGACCAGUCCACUUGUCUAUAGAUGUACCAGCCUGACAUUCUGAACUGCCCUAUGAACUUGUCACGUCCUCACCUAUGGACUACUAAGGGCUCUUUAUAUGCUGGUCUAGGUUUUUUUCACAAUAUUAUUUCAAAGUCUUUCUAUGUAAAGUAAAAUUAAAACAUAUUUUUUCUUAAAAAGUGAAGCACUGCAUCUCUGUAACAAAACACUUGUUUUCCACCAUAAUGUAAAUGUUAAUAAGUAGAGUAUAUUUCAUAUGAGUA